AUGGGUGCACUUUCACCCGACGGCAAGUCAUAUGCGUACGACUCUAGAAGAAACGGUUUCGGAAUGGGCGAGGGCGGCGGGUGUCUUAUCCUGAAACGUCUAGAAGAUGCCCUGGAGGCCGGCGAUCCAAUUCAAGCAGUUAUUCGGCACACUGUCUGCAACCACUCGGGCCGUACAAGAGGAAUCACGAUGCCAUCACAACUAGCCCAGGAAGACCUCCUUCUUCGAGUUCACACUGAAGUUGGCCUGAAGACCGGUGACACGUCCGUGGUGGAAGGGCAUGGCACAGGUACUCAGGUCGGUGAUCCCAUUGAGACCAGAGCCAUUGCGAACAUCAUAGCGAAGGAUCGGGCAGACCCUGUCUAUAUUGGGUCAGUAAAGUCCAACCUCGGCCACCUACUGAGCAGCAGUGGAAUGCUCGCUAUAGUCAAAGCCAUCUGCAUGCUGCAACAUGCUACGAUAUUUCCGAAUUCCGGGUUCAAAGAAAUGAGCCCUGAAAUUGAUGCGCUGAAGCUGCGAGUGGCUAAAACUUGUCUCCCUUGGCAGGCUAGAGGCCCCAGGCGUGUCUGCACCACCAACUUCGGAUUUGGUGGAAGCAAUGCCGCUGUUCUGCUGGAGGAGUUCCAAGACAAGUCCUUGAUAACCGGGCCUGGGAACGGAAACAAGAUCAGCCAUGGACCUUCUCGUCCGCCCCUUCAGACCAAGGACGGUAUUGAUGCCAACGGGCAAUCAUCCAAGUCAUAUCAGCGACUAUUUUUGUUGUCUGCAAAAUCCGAAAAAUCUCUGACCCGACUUUUGUCAUCCUUUGCUCUCCAUCUCACCAAAGUACCUACCUCUGUUGCCGGCGAUCGUUACCUCGCAGACCUAAGUUUUACACUUAACCAACGGCGCACGCAUUUCUCACACAGAAUUGCUUUGGUAGCCAACUCGGUGGAGGACCUCACACAGCAGCUAUCCACGCGGAGCGAGAACCGGACCGGAAAAGCAUAUCCAGGGCAAGAAGUCGUACCUUUAUUUGUUUUCACGGGCCAAGGCGCGCAGCAUAGCCGAAUGGCAGCCGAGCUUGACCAGUAUAAGCCGUUCGCUAUGGCGAUACUCCGCGCAGAACGCUACCUGCAAGAGUUUGGCGCCACAUGGUCAUUAACAAAAGAGCUAUUCCAAUGCGAUGGAGAGAAAUCGCGCAUAAACGAGGCUGAGAUCAGCCAGCCUGCUUGCACCGCUAUUCAAUUAGGGUUAGUGCUACUGCUGCGCAGUUGGGGGAUUUCGCCAGCCAUUGCCGUUGGCCACAGUUCCGGCGAAAUCGCCGCCGGCUACGCUGCGGGGGCUCUCUCCUUUAAGACGGCAAUGGCAAUAGCUUUCUUCCGAGGGAAAUCCCACAAUGGAGUGUCGCAGGAAGAAUAG